AUGUUCACCCCCACGAUACUCCUGAUCUCGACGAUCGCCCUGGCGGCUUGUGAACCGCCAGUAUCGAAUUACCUGCCUCCAAACCAGCAACUGCACACGUCCGCCGUCUUCUCAAAACCUUCUCAGAACUACGGCACGCCCAGUUUAUCGAAUCAAUACCUGGCUCCAGAAAGUUCCCAAAGGUCGCCUUCUUCAAAAUACGGAGCGCCUUCAGCAUUCGAUGCUCUGUCUAACCAAUAUGGAGCUCCAAGCAACCAGUAUCAGGCGCCUUCUUCUAAAUACGGUGCACCAAAUGCUCCAUCAUCAUCGUACGGAGCUCCUUCAUCCACUUUCAGCGCCCCAUCUAAUCAAUACUUAGCCCCAUCGUCUAAAUACGGUGUUCCCAGUGCUCCUUCACCAACAUACGGAACACCUUCCUCAAAAUACGGUGCCCCAAGUGCUGCAUCAACAAAAUAUAGUGCUCCAUCAUCAAAAUACGGAGCUCCUUCUUCAACCUACGGUGCUCCAAGUGCUCCAUCCUCAAACUACGGAGCCCCAAGUGCUCCGUCCUCAAAAUACGGAGCUCCAAAAGCCCCAUCUUCAAAUUAUGGUGCUCCUUCUUCGACCUACGGUGCUCCAAAUGCUCCAUCUUCAAACUAUGGUGCUCCUUCGUCUUCCAGCCGCUCCCUCUCUACAUCAUAUAGUGCUCCAUCAUCAAAAUACGGAGCGCCAUCCAACCAGUACAGUAGUGCUCCAUCCAGUUUAUAUGGUGCUCCUUCUAAUCAAUACUUGGCUCCUUCUUCAGGAGGUUACAAUAGUGGUAGCAGUGGAUACAGUCAAGGAGGAUACGAAAGAAAUGAACCUGCACGUUACAACUUCCGCUACGACGUAAACGACCAGUACAGCGGAAACGAUUUUGGACAUGAGGAAUCACGAGAUGGUGACCGGGUUGUUGGACAAUACUACGUCUUGUUGCCCGAUGGCAGAAAACAAAUUGUGACUUACGAAGCCGACGAAAACGGUUACCGACCAAAGAUCUCGUACCAGCAAACAGGCUACGGUAAAAGUUCUGGUUCGUCGGAGGGCUACCAGUAUUGA